UAUUGUUUCAUAUUGUGAAAUAGUGCCCGAGUUGCUGUGCAGUUGCAUCUAUUUCUUCUGCAUGAAACUGGUUUAUUUCUCACAGACACAGGAUAGAUCAGCGGAUGAAGUGUGGCUAUGAUUCGUAUUGACAACACUGCUAAGGAACGAUUUGACAAACUGCUCUAAUUUCACUUAGUGUGGCCAAAUCUACUUUAGAGAAUUUCUAUCAACACUGCAAGGGGUGCAAAAACUUGUACCUGGAUCAACUAUUUACUUCAACAAUAAGGAGGAAGCAGAGGCAAAAAUGACUGUGAAGUACCAAACUUCUACAGAGACAGCAAUGGACAUCGAUGAUGGGAAUGGCGGCUACAAGCAUCUGAUCAUGAAUGGCAGCAAGCUUAAAUAUUCAGUCUAUGCAUUGAGAAACAGCCCUUUUAGGGCUGCCACACUUAUCCUUGGGUUGAUGUGUGUUGUCCUAGUGGCUGGGGUCAUCGGUCAAUCUGUCCACUACUGGAAAGUGGGCAAAGACAAUCAGAGGAAGUUGGAAGUUGUUGGAGGGGAGAAAGACAAACUACAGUCCCAACUCAAAACCGUACAAAACGAGAAGAAGAAUCUAGACGUCAGCCAUGAGCAUUUACAACAAAGUUACAACUUCAUAUAUAAAAGGACAAAUCAAAUCCAAGCUAACAACGACUUACUGAAAUCGGAGGCAAAUCAACUGAAAGACAGUCAAAGCAAAUUGCAAGCCAGUAACGCUGCUCUAAAAAAAGAUCUUGAGCAGCUGAAGAGCAGUCAGGAGCAGUUGCAGACUAAUAAUGAUGCCUUGUCGACUGCCAAAGACUUACUCCAAACAAAGUACGAAUCGAUUGGCAAGAGCAAAAAUGUCUUACAGGCCAACUACGAUUCUGUGAUUAAAGAGAGAGACAAUUUGCAGAACAAAUUCAACAAUGUCACAAGGUCAAAAGAGAAGCUGCAAAUGAGUUAUAACGUUCUGAUCAAGGAUAUUGAGCAUCUACAGGUGCGAUACACCUCCUCCUCCAAUGAGAGAGACACGAUUGCAAGCAGUCACCAAAACCUAACGUUGGAAAAAGAAACUCUGCAGGCCAUUUACACCACACUGGCCAAAGCUACGGACGAAUUGAUGGCCUCCUACAAUUCCACAGUUGAAGAGAAAAUGUUUCUUGAAAGCCGCUUGAAAAAUGUGACGGCAGAGAGAGACCUGCAGAGGGUGGAAAUCAGCAACAUGAGUGCUGAGGUUGAACAGCUGCGGGCAACCGUCACAAGAUUGAACGCAACGAUAAAAGACAAGGUGUGCCAAAGCGGCUGGAAGAAGUUUGAGAACAGCUGCUACUUCACUUCUACUUCAAAGAAGACAUGGUACCUGAGCAGAAACUACUGUCAAGGAAAGGGAGCCGACCUGGUCAUCAUAAACAGCAAAGCAGAAAUGGUAUUUAUUAAUGGCUUGUUUUCAAUUAACAAAGAGGUCUGGAUUGGAUUGACCGAUGAGGGAGUAGAGGGUCAAUGGAAGUGGGUGGAUGGGACCGCAAUGACCCUAUCGUAUUGGGCUGAUGGACAACCAAACAGUUACAAUGGCAACCAGGACUGCGGGGAGUUUUGGUAUCGUAGUUCAGGAAACGCCGAAUGGAAUGAUGAAAAAUGUAGUUCACAGAGAUAUUGGGUUUGUGAAAUGUAGAUCCUUUGGGGCAUAUUCUCCCAUGUGCGGAAGACAAAAAAGGCAUGCGGCUGCAACACUUUUGGCUGCACAGCUCAUCCCAUCGACUUAAGCGUGUCACUUUGGUACCUUCAUGGACAGUACACAGUCAGGGUGGAGCAACUAAAAAUGACGUUGUUCCCUGUUUAUACUAUAUCUUGCCUGGACCGCAUUUUCCCAAAGGCUUCAGCAGAUGUUCUGUUGCACACACCAGAGUGUGUAGUAAGUCUAACAUUCUGCAAAAGUCAAACAUCAUAUUGCCUACUUUGAUUCCAUCACCUGCGUCCGUGACAGCGCAGCUACUGACUUGGAGUUUGAUGUAAUAAUAAUAAUGUAAUGAUGAUGGGUUGGAUUUUGAAUCAUUUGUUUGGAUUUGACAAUCUGUUGGGUAUCACGAGCCCGGUGUGUGGCAUGACACAUUGCUGGGCACCACCUGUGGCUGGCUAACUCUCUUCUCUACUAUUGCAACAGCUCCAAACAUGCGUUUAUUCAUGAGCACAUUAUUUUGAUCAAAUUAGUUUUUACUAGAUUUAUUAACUACAGAAUGCAAAAACACAUGAUCCUCUAAAGUAGCCUGUUAGAUAACUGGCAGACACGUAAUUGGGAAUGAUUAAUAUACAGUCACUUCUAGAUCUACUAUGCAAGUUAAUGUCACAUUUAUUGGUGAAGUCAACUCCAAAAAUGUCUUUAGUGGGGCUGCAUACAAUAUCAUAGUAUAAACAUAAAUAUUGUGUCUGUGUCAUAUGAGUUAAGUCGCAAAAUACGCCUGUUUUUAUCCAUCUGGGGCGGACAUUUUGCCACUUAAGAUUGACUGAAAAUGCGAUUGACUGAAAAUGACAUCACAGUUUCUCAGGGUUCAAGUAAUGACCAAUCAUAGCUCACCUGUUUUCUGAAACUGAGCCGUGAUUGGCAAGUGGAAAAAUGCCCCCCUCCCCCCGAAUUGGAUAAAAAUUGGUGGAUUUUGCAUCUUAAUUCAUAUUCCAAAAUUAUUCAUCAGAAUACAGAUUUUAGACUAGACUGGCCACAUAAACCAUUGUAUUGUAAAUAACAUUUUUGGGACUGACUUCCCCUUGAGAGUUCAACAUAUUUUACAAAUGGAUUUCUAUAAAAUUCACUUUUCUUCUAAAAAGUCCACCAUCUAGCAACUAGGAAUACUCUCAGAAUACAACGAGUCAACAAGUUUGGUGGUUGCGUACAAAUAAUUACAUUACACAAGUUUGGAUGGGAGAAUUGGCGGACCUUUAAAAUUCGCAUACCAGGCAAAAAAA